CAACAUUCAUCUGUUGGAUGAUGGAAUGCUUUUCUCAAUGACGACGGCCAUCAAGUGUAUGAAACAAGAGAUGGCUACUUAUCCACGAGAGGUGUGGAAAAGAGUCUUGAAAACGUGCAACUUAUUUCUUAAAAGGUCCCAAACUACGGUUUCCUCCACUUCUCAAGAUAUACUACCAGAACCUAUUCUCACUACCACUGUAAAAGAGAGAAUAUUGGAACUAUACAAAGCAGACCCCGAAAAAUGGUCAAAACAAGUAUUAGCGUCACGUUUCAAAGUUUCAGAACGCACCAUCAAGUUUCUGGUAGAAACAGAUAGAUUAGCGCAGUCCGUGGUGACUCGAUUGGACCAAGAAGCAGUGCAACACUUUCAAAAGAUGUAUGAGAAAAGGAAAUCGGUGGAAAGUUCCAGUUUGUUAUCCAAUCAAAGAGCAGCAUUCUCGGAACCACAACCAAAACCAAGUGCUUCCAUCCGGAGUUGGCCAAAGUUGGAAAGGAAGGAUGAUCUUACUGGAGAAACUACCGACGAUGUGUUGCAGCAACUAGGGUUUAGAACUAUUGGCACUACAAAGGAAGAUAAGCAAAGUGUAGAAAAGGAAGUGGAAACGGUGAAAAACUACUUGGAGCCUUCACCAGAAGCUUCUUACAAGAGCUUGGGUUUAUUGGAAGAUGCCGUAUCUCCUCGUAGAACCAAAUAUCUAUUUGUAGAUAUUAGUAGGAAAGUUAGGAGUGAUUGUAGACCUAUAUAUGUCAGGGAUUUUGAUGGAAAGCUACGAGAUGCCAAUAGAGAAGAAAGACUCAAAGUGUUGGUAGCUCUAGGAGGUCCAUAUGAUAUUCUCAAACCUUAUCUCAAGGAAUAUUAUUUGGAAAAACCGUUGUCUCAACAAGUAGAAGAAAAAGUUGCUUUACAAACUAAAGUAGCCUUAUGGAGAAAGUUGAAGAAAGCCAAAAAGAAGGCUAGAAGAAAAGGACAGUCUGUGGAAACUCCAAAAGAAUAAAGCCACACUUAAGAUACGAUCGACUAGACUUUUUGUUGAUAAAGAAAAGGUUGUAAACGACUCAAAGCAAUCAUCACUGCUUCUUCAGUUCGUAUUGUUCGAGA